UCUCUUAACACCGGGUGCCUGGGGCCCUGGCAAGGUUGUGGGGGACAUCCUGAGCUGAAGCAGGGUUUUGGGCCACUGCUGCUGCUGCCAUUGUCACCAUGGUCUCAGCUCUGCCGGGAGCACCCCUGAUCAAAUAGCUUGGAAGAGUGGUCGAGACAAGAUACAAGAAGACCAUGAAGGAAGCCCGGAUGGAGGUGUGAACCUAGGAAAGGACGGUGCUCUCGGAGGGAAGGUGGAAUCCACAGGACAUUGGGACUGAUUGGUUGGAACUGGGUGAAAGAUGUCAUGGGGAAGGAGUGAAGAAUGACAUCCAUAUUUCCAGUUUGGGUACAUGGGUGGCCUAUCAUGUUUUAAAGCACGUAAGGGAAGUCACAAGGCAGAAGCAGGGGUGCACUCAAGUCCUGUUUCUUCUCCUUCUGUGAGUGGACCGCGGAGGCUGCUGAGCUGCCUGUCAUCCCAAAGCUCAGCUCUGAGCCAGAGUGGUGGCUCCACCUCUGCCGCCGGCAUAGAAGCCAAGAGCAGGACUCUCGGAAGGCGGUGGUGCCCAGCUGGGAUCAUGUUGUUGGCCCUGGUCUCUCUGCUCAGCUGCCUGCUACCGUCCAGUGAGGCCAAGGUCUACAGUCGCUGUGAACUGGCCAGAGUGCUACAUGACUUCGGGCUGGACGGAUACCGGGGAUACAGCCUGGCUGACUGGGUCUGCCUUGCUUAUUUCACAAGCGGUUUCAACACAGCUGCUGUGGACCACCAGGCUGAUGGGAGCACCAACAACGGGAUCUUCCAGAUCAACAGCCGAAGGUGGUGCAGAAACCUCACCCCGAACUUCCCCAAUGUGUGCCGGAUGCACUGCUCAGAUUUGUUGAAUCCUAAUCUCAAGGAUACCGUUAUCUGUGCCAUGAAGAUCACCCAACAGCCUCAGGGUCUGGGUUACUGGGAGGCCUGGAGGCAUCACUGCCAGAGAAAAGACCUCACUGAAUGGGUGAAUGGCUGUGACUUCUAGGAUGGACGGAAUCUUGCACAGCAGGCUGGGAAAUGUGGUUUGGUUCCUGACCUAGGCUUGGAAAGACGAGCCAGUGAAUAAAGGAUGGUUGAACGUGAA